GGAGCUGCAGGGUACAGAGGAGACGCAUGUGAAGCCCUCAUCAAUGAUGGAAGAGGGGAACCCCCAUUCCCUAAUGAAUGCUAGACAUCUCGGAUGUCCUGGUAUAGUCCAACAUGUUCCUCUUCCUACCCGUCGCUCCUCGUCCGACCACUGGUACUUAGGCGGGUGACGGCUGAUCAGAUUUCACAGAGUGAAGGCGGGGGAUGAAGCACAGGUGGCAUAGCAGUGGUCAGGAAUUAUUUCUCCUCAGGUGCUGCAGGACACGUGUGGAUGGUGGGUGGAGAGUGAUUUCCAGGCUGGCUUUGUUGAAGUCCCGUGCAACGGCGGGUAAGGCGUCUGACUACGCCGACUGGUGUUUGUUGACCAUUGGUGUGCAGCUCAUUCAGUGCUGGACAGACGUCCUCCAGCAUGGAUGUAGAUGAUGAUGGAGGUGAAUUCCCUCGGGAAGUGGAAGGGACGGCACUUCACCACAAGGUGUUCCAGGUGUAAAGAGCAAGCCAUGCGUAACCCACCGCUUUGUGACAAGGCUCACCGUUGACACUAAAAUCACCUCUUCUGACGCACUCGUCUUAAUCUAUUAAUGUUUAUUGUGAACUCUUUUAUUCAAGGUGGAACGAGCAGAAGAUUUUUGUUGGGGAAUCUCAAACUCAACCCAUCAGAUCCGCAGUGUCGUUCAGUUCACCAGCACCUUGCGAGGGAUUCACUGAGCUGACGAGACGCCGGGGAGUUCACAGCAUGGAGACAUUAUCCACCAGCUCUGAGUGUGAGCAGGGGUCCACUCAAUCUCCCCACCAGGUGACCCACCAGCAAGAUCACGCUCUGGGGAAACCAUUUGUCUGUCCCGAUUGUGGGAAGGGAUUCACUCAAGCAGGCCACUUGACGAGGCACCAGAGAAUUCACACGGGGGAGAGGCCGUUCAGCUGCCCCGAAUGUGGGAAGGGAUUCACUCAAUCGCAUAUGUUAGUGAGACACCAGAGAAUUCACACCGGGGAGAAGCCGUUCUCCUGCACUGAGUGUGGGAAGGGAUUCGUUCAUUCCUUUGCGUUAGUGGCGCAUGAGAGAAUUCACACCGGGAAUAGGCCAUUCAUCUGCUCCGAGUGUGGAAAGGGGUUCAUUGACUCAUCUGCGUUGCAGACACACCAGAGAAUUCACAGCGGGGAGAGGCCGUUCACCUGCACUGAGUGUGGGAAGGGAUUCACUCGUUCAUCUGCGUUACUGAGACACUGCAGAAUUCACACCGGGAAGAGGCCGUUCAUCUGCUCCGAGUGCGGGAAGGGGUUCAUUGACUCGUCUGCGUUGCAGGCACACCAGAGGAUUCACACUGGGGAGAGGCCGUACACCUGCUGUGUUUGUGGCAAGGGAUUCGCUCAUUUGACCAACAUGAUAACACAUCAGCGCAUUCACACCGGCGAGAAGCCCUUCAACUGUCCCGAGUGUGGGAAGCGAUUCACGCAUUCGUCUACGUUAAUGAGGCACCAGAGAGUUCACACCGGGGAGAGGCCGUUCAUCUGCUCCGGGUGUGGGAAGGGAUUCACACAAUAUUCCCACCUGAUGACCCACCAGCGAGUUCACUCUGUGGAGAAACCAGUUGCCUCUCCCAACUGUGGGUAGAGUCUCACUGGUAAAUCUAACCUGGUGACCCACCAGAGAAUUCACAUUGGGGGAGAGGCCACUCACCUGUUUAGUGUGUGGGAAGGGAUUCACUUGAUUAUCUGAGCUGUUGACACCAGCUCGUUCACGCUGGGUGGGGGCGCGGGCAUUUGAAGUGAGUUUUUGAUUCACUGUUUAACCAUCACGGUUGCUGAGUCCAGUUGCAAGUCCACAAGCGACUACUGGUGUUGGACUGUGCGGGUACUGCUGAUGUUCAUCACACCCAGGACUGAACCUUGGUCGCUGGACAUAGUUGGGGUUUGUUCCGAUGUUGUUACUAACCCCUGUAACUGGGCUGGAGUUUAAUAUCUUGGAUAUGUGACAAAUAAAGAAGUUCUGUUGUAAAACCUGA